GCCGCGCAUCCUCGGCCCGCGCCCCGCGCCCCGCGCCCGCUCUGCGUCCCGCUCCGCGCCCGCUCUGCGCCCGGCGCCCGGCUCCCUGCGGCGGGCGGCGGUCAUGAGGCUGCGGGCGCGCGGUCCCCGGGUCGCCCCCGCCUCCGGCGCGGGGGCCGGCGACGCGCGGCGGCUGGCGCCCCCGGGGCGGAACCCCUUCGUGCACGAGCUGCGCCUCGGCGCCCUGCGGAAGGCCCAGAUGGCCUUCAUGACGCUGACACUCUUCCCCAUCCGGCUGCUGCUUGUCCUGAUCGCGAUGCUGCUCGCCUGGCCCUUCACGUUCUUCGCCACGCUGGGGUCCUCGGAGAGGGAGCCCGAGCCGUCCCCGGCCUCGUGGCGGAAGGUCGUGGACGUCCUGCUCAAGGCCAUCAUGCGCGCCAUGUGGUUUGCUGGAGGCUUCCACUGGCUGGUGGUGAAGGGGCAGCGGGCCCCACCCUCUGAGGCCUCCAUCCUCACUCUGGCACCCCAUUCCUCCUACUUCGACGCCAUCGCCGUCACCAUGACGAUGUCCUCCAUCGUGAUGAAGGCAGAGAGCAGAAACAUCCCAAUAUGGGGAACUCUGAUAAAGUACAUCCGGCCGGUGUUCGUGUCCCGGUCGGACCAGGAUUCCCGCAGGAAGACCGUAGAGGAGAUCAGGAGGCGGGCACAGUCGAAUGGAAAGUGGCCACAGAUCAUGAUUUUUCCGGAAGGAACAUGUACCAACAGGACGUGCCUAAUUACCUUCAAGCCUGGUGCGUUCAUCCCAGGAGUUCCUGUCCAGCCUGUGGUUCUGCGGUACCCGAACAAACUGGACACCAUCACGUGGACGUGGCAAGGACCUGGAGCGUUGAAAAUCCUGUGGCUCACGCUCUGUCAGUUUCACAAUCGAGUGGAAAUCGAGUUCCUUCCCGUGUACAGCCCCUCGGACGAGGAGAAGAAGGACCCGGCCCUGUAUGCCAGCAACGUGCGGCGCGUCAUGGCACAGGCCCUGGGCGUCUCGGUGACCGACUACACGUAUGACGAUUGCCAGCUGGCCCUGGCAGAAGGCCAGCUCCGUCUCCCCGCGGACACCUGCCUUCUCGAGUUCGCCCGGCUGGUGAGGGGCCUGGGGUUGAAACCAGAAACACUGGAGAAAGAUCUGGAUAAAUACUCCGACCGGGCCCAGACGCAGGGGGGACGCAGGGUGGGCCUCCCCGAGUUCGCCGAGUACCUGGGCGUCCCCGUCUCAGACCCACUACAAGACCUGUUCUCCCUGUUUGAUGAGAGUGGAGACGGCACGAUGGAUCCUCGGGAGUAUGUCGUCGCCCUGUCCGUCGUCUGCCGGCCGUCCCGGACUCUGGACACCAUCCAGCUGGCGUUCAAGAUGUACGGGUCACAGGACGGCUGCGUCGAUGAAGGCGCCCUGUCCAACAUCCUCAAGACUGCCUUAGGCGUGGCCGAGCUCACCGUGACCGACCUCUUCCGGGCCAUCGACGAGGAGGAGACAGGGAGGAUCACGUUUGCCGACUUCCGCAGGUUUGCAGAAGCGUUCCCCGACUUUGCGGAGGACUACCUCUACCCUGACCAGACGCGUCCUGAGAGCUGCCCGCGGACGCCCCCAGCUCCAGCCCCCAACGGCUUCUGUGCUGACUUCAGCCCUGAAAACUCGGGUGUUGGGAGGAAACCUUUCCGGAAGAAACUGGACUAGGAUGAAGGUUUCUGGCAAGAUGAGGCGUCUCCGUGGCCCAGUCACCACCCGCCUCCACGUGGCCGUGCGCCCGCCGGCCUCAGGCCCAUCCACAAGACUCGGGCUCGUCACCCUGCUCCUCCGUGGACAGCCCUGCGUGAGGGAGGCCGCGUGGCCGGGUACCUGUCCCCGUCGCCCGGACCAUCCUGGCUCGUUUCCACCACGGUCUCUGCCACGUCCCCGUUCGUGUCCCUUCUCGGCGGCUCGGCCGGCGGACGGGCCUCCACGUGCACGCGUGACACACACUUGAGACCAGGGCACGUCACGCGCGUUUCCAUCCCAGCACAGACCGUCCGCUGACCUUGGGGGGUCACAGGCUGGCAGGGCCGCAUCUAAUUUUAAACGUUUCUGUAUCUGUGGGCGCUCACGGGCGUUUUAUAAACUUCGUUUAGAUACUUCGGGAAGCUCACAGCGUUUUUUAAAAAAAAAACAAAACUUGUUUUCUACUUCAUUUUUCCUUUCAGGACUAGAGGAUAU